GUGUUGUCUAACUCUGUUUUGAUUCAAUAUUUUGGCCAUAUUUCUCAUUUAUUGCAGUUCAUUUUCCUUAAUUGUUGCCUUUUCUUUUUUAUUUGUUAGGUAAUCUUGAGCGUUUAAAAUACGAUUAACUUUGACAGCAUUGCAUAAAUAUUUCGAUUUUUGUGAAAAUUUUUGUAUUUUAAUUCAAUGGGUAUCGUUUUUUCAAUGCAUUUUACGAAACCCAUGUCCCAAAAGUUGAUUAAUUUGUGUUAAAUGAAGAACCCUGCAUACUGGACCUUUAAAUUUUUGUCAAUUUGACAUUUUUUUGUUGAUAUAAUUAAAAGAGAAUGAAAGAAUACAGUUGUUAGUCUGCUUAUGUCUUUUAAUCUCUGUUUUUUGUUGAUGCAAUCUUCAAUUCUGUGAUUUAUUGAGUUAAAAUAUUCUUUGUUCAAUGUGAAUGAAAAUAACCUAAUUGUUUUACAUUUUUAAUCCCAAGUUUGCUUGUUAUCCCUGUAAAAAGAAAAUUAAACCUAAAUGUAUGGAGAAUGUAUGUGUUACGUUGCAUUCACUGUUUCAUAAUAUAACUAGAUGGUGUUUAAUGAAUUUCAUAAAAUUUUAUGGAGCUUAUUGGAAAGCUAUAGUUUGCUUUUUUGGAAUUUGGAAAAAUUAUUGAUUUUAAACAUGAGGAUUCAUUUGUAAAUGAAUUUCAGUGUAUACUUUAUUGUCAAAUGAUAUGAGUUUCAUUUUUAAUUUGGUUCCAAAUUACGGCCAGAGUAAUACCUUCACUGUCUAUGGUGGGUGUUAAUAGUUUUAAGGUGCAGUAAUUAACAAUUUUCAUUUUGAUAAUCGGACAAAACUAGUUCAAAUUUGACAGGGAGGUGAGGAUGGUACCUUGUUAUUGUUAGCUAAACAAAUUCGAUUUCUACAAGGUAAUAUUAAGUGUAGUAUUCCUUUUCUUUUGAUCAUAAUGAGAAAUAAUAUCUGCAAUGUGGAGAGAAAACAAUGUGGCUUCUAUUAACAUUAAUUAGGGAGGAUGUACUUUCGGGAACUUUAGUUAACAAAGAUGAAAAGCAAAAACAGAGGCCUACUUUUGCAAGACGUAGCAUGUUUUCCUUAAUAUUGAAUUGCCUUGUUAUUCGUCCAUAAUCACAAAUUGUGUCAGGGAUUCUAAACUGUACAUCAUUCAAUUCCCUUGAGCUAUGUUCUGCCUAAGGUCAAACUCCUUGCAUGAAAACCCCUUAGCUUGUGAAAAUCAUUCAUAUACUUUCUUCUUUCAUAAUAUUCUGAAUGGCCAUUGUGUAUAAUCCCAAACAUGAAGAGAAGGUUGGAAAGGUACAUGUUAUGUGAUAAACAAAAUGCGAUCAAGAUUAUAAAAUUUCAUUUCAUGAAAUUGGUACUAUUCUAUUUCUGUCUCUUUUACCAUUUACAGUAUCGUUCAUAGAAUUGUCUUACAUAUCAAUUUAAAAAAUGACCGUCUAUUCUUGUGUGAAUUUAUUAUUACAUCAUGUUUGUCAUGAGAAAUGGCUGACAAAAUUAUGAAGUUUUGUAUGGUUUCAUCACCUUUUGCUCUAAUGGUUUUCUUGUCACAAUUUUUUAUGCCGUGGUCUGCUUGGUUUUGCUUUAAGGGAUCUCAUCCAUUUUCCUGAGUGAUCUAUUAUUAGAAUCAAACAUUAUCAGAUGGUUCAGCAAACAAUAGAAUCCAAAUUCAGUGAAUAUGGACUACGGAAUCCAGAAAAUAACUCACCCACUUGUGAUAAGCAACCUCCAGUUGGUGCAAAGAAGACACCAUUGAGGGAUUUGCAGAACGAAAAUAUAAUCGUGCCCAACACCACAGGAAGCUUCCUAUUUUCUAAAGAUAGAGGGCCUGUUAUUAAUCCUAUUAAGGUUUCUGGGACUAAGAGACCAUCCCCUGAAUGCCCUGUGAGCCCCUCGCACUGCCAAUCUCCAAGUGCUGCAAAUGGGCAUCUUGUCUAUGUCCGUAGAAAAUCUGAAGCAGAACUAGGCAAAAGCAGUGCUUCUGACAGUACCAGCUCAAGUAAUUGCCAACAGCUGAGGCAAGUUGGUCAACUGGAGGAAAUUAACCAACUAAAAUCCCAAACAAAGGAGCCAAAAGUUUCUUGUUUUCCAGCGUUUGCACCACUCCCAAUGACUUCCUUGACAAGUUCUUCUGCCAAACCUUCAGUACCUUUUCCUCUUGGGAAGUCUGCUAUGAGAUUAGCGCCCCCAGAAUCCAAUCAACUUCCAAUUGUUUCUGCUGCCCCUUUGUUGGAUAGUCCAAAGGGAAUUAAAAAACUUCACUGGGAAGAGCGGUAUUAUCAUUUGCAGAUGGCAUUGAAAAAAUUGGACCAAUCCGAUCAAGAGGAUUAUAACCAGAUGCUUCGAUCUCUCUCUGCAGUUGAACUCAGCAGACAUGCUAUUGAGCUGGAGAAAAGAUCAAUUCAGCUGUCACUGGAGGAAGCAAAAGAGGUGCAGCGUGUUGGCAUUUUAAAUGUCUUGGGAAAAACUAUGAAAUUGGCCAAAGCACCCUCCAAUCAACCAGAUCAGUCGUACAAAUGAAAGGCAUCAAAGUUCAUGGUAGUGAGUGUUGUAAAUUGUAACCUAUCCUUGGAGCCUGGGUGCACAAACAUGCACACUUAUUCGGUUGUUCCUUCUAGUUUUUCUGCAGUGGUCACGUGCUGGCUAUCUGGUAUUUACUGUAGUUUUCAACUCGGAAUAUCUUCUGUGUAUUUUUCCUAGCAAAGGCUAUGGACAGUAUCAAAUUCAAGCUGUACUGUCAUAUGGUGCUGAAAUGAUCCUUUAAGUUGCUGCUUCUAACCCUAGUCUUUCCUGUUCUUAUCUAUUUAAUUUUUGGGAUUAAGAAUGCUGAAGAUUCUAUUCAUGUCCUUCUGUGUAUAUUUCUCUAGCUUGUGCCGUCAGCUCAGAGCAAAGUCAUUG